AUGGCACACGAAAUAGAUACCAUCUUAUCCACUUUAAAGCUCGAGGUCGAUCCUGAAUUAUCUCAACUUUUCGAUGAUUUUGAAGACUUAUAUGAGAGAAAGCUAUGGCAUCAGUUGACUGAAAAGUUGACAACUUUCUUUUAUGAUGACAGAUCAAAAUCCUUUAGACUUCGCUUGUACAAUCAAUUCGUUAAUAAAUUUUUGGAUAAAAUCAAUCAAUUGAGCGCUGUUGAUUUCCUAUUGCAAUCCUUACCAGAAAAUGAGAACAUUGAGGAGUCUUUACAAUAUUUACAAGAUCUCCAACAGGAAUUCAAGAAAAUUGAUGAAAAGAAGCAAAGGAACGAUGGAUUGAAACCACACGUUGAUGGAAACUUGCUAUUAGACAUAGAGAUUGCGCGCGUUAAGUUAGCGGAAGGUGAUUUGGUUGAAGUAAGGGAUAAAUUGGAUGCCAUUGGAAAGAUCCUUGAUGUCCAAGACUCUGUCCCCUUGAGAGUUACUGGUGCAUUUUACUCCUGUAAUGCAUCUUACUAUCAAGUGAAGAAAGACUUUAACAAUUUCUACUAUACAAGUCUUCUAUAUCUUUCCACAAUCAGUUCCGAUGAACAGAACCAUAGGCUAACAAAGUUGGAGCAGCAACAGCUAGCAUACAAUUUGUGCAUUGCUGCGCUAUUGGGAGACCAUAUCUAUAACUUUGGUGAGUUAUUGAAUCAUCCUAUUAUUUCUAGUAUAUCUGGGGAUAAAGAAUAUGAAUGGCUAUUCAGAUUCCUCAAUGCCUUAACCGAGGGUGAUUUCCAUAAGUUUGAUGAAAUUUCCAAAGAAAGAAUACCAAGAGUCCCUACUCUAGCUCAGCAUGAAUCUUUCUUGAGGCAAAAAAUCUGCUUGAUGACCCUAGUAGAAAGUGUGUUUGCCAAGUCUAUCAGGACAUUGUCGUUUCAAGAUAUUGCCGAUGCUACCUUCUUACCUAUUGAUAGUGUUGAACACUUAGUCAUGAGAAGUAUCAGCUUAGGUUUAUUAAAGGGUUCAAUUGAUCAAGUUCAACAGUUAGUAACUAUAACUUGGGUGCAACCAAGAAUUAUAAACCAAGAACAAAUCAAGAAGAUGAAGGACAACUUGGUAAAAUGGCAAGAUGAAGUGACUAAAUUAGCUGGGAAAAUUGAAAAUAGAGGUAAAAGCAUCUGGGUAUAA